ACGUCAAUGUAAUGUUUCCUUCUUCCUUCCUUCCUCUUUAGAUUACCAAGACUGGAUAAAGAUUGCUCCUGAGUUCACAAGACCAUGACUAUCGGCAGGAGCUCCAAAAAGAACAUCGCCCCUCGUUCUCCUCCUUUCCUGGACAAGGCUAGUGGAUUCUAUGGGCGCUUGGAUGAAGUGUGUGGAGACGAUGUACAGAGAGAGACCACAGAAGAGCAGAUAGGAACCUUGAACUGGAACAGCCAAGACAAUAGGACAGCUCCGAGCUGGAUAGAAGAGGAUGAUCAUGUGGUUGAUUUUAACCAGGGCAUGAUGGAUGACGAUGGGACCACUUUACUGAAGAGAAAGCCCAGCAGACUGAGUCGCCGCUGGAGCAGGAUGAGCUCCAGGAAGGCAAAAUAUGAUACAUUUUCCUCAGAGAAAGAACUGGGUAAGGAGACCAAUAAGCCCACCUCUGUUCAUCUAAACCCAGAGGUGCCACCAGCAACCCAAACCCUGGAAAACAGCAGAGAACCAGAACCAACACUUGUCCAUUUCUCCGCGAGGGAGCAUUCUGACGACCAGAUUCUGAUCUCAGGGAAGAAGGAAGGAGAAGGGGAAAUGGAAGACACAGAAAAAGAGAAGAAGCCAGAAGGCAAACAUAACGGAGAGUCACUGGAAGUUGUAAAGAGAAACACUUUCAAGAAUUAUCGCAAGGCUGUGGACAGAGCUUUCCGUCGAGGAUGGGAGACUUUCGUUGCCAAUCUGUAUAGUGUGACACUGACACCUAUAUCAUCAACCUCUUCUUCAUCCACACCAUCCGACAAAAGUGAAUUGAACAGGAAUGGUGUUUUAGCAGAAUUCAGAUAAUAGUAGAACAGGCUGACUUGUAUUUUCAACUUGAUGAGUAAUUCCAAUUAUUCAUUUAAAUGUGCUCAAAUAUUUAAGAAUGCAUGGUUGUUCUUGCAUACAACUGAUACCCACUGAUCAUUAUGUAACUUGACAUGAAAGGUCAAUAUUUGAACUUUUUAUCAAUAUAUAUUUGUUAUCACAGUGCUAAAGAGGCGUCUACUUGAUCUUUGUUCCCUUAGUAAGGAAACAUGAGGCCUAUAUGCAAUUAUGAUCUGACAUGGAAAGAUCUUUUUUAUUUGAUGUGAUAAAGUUUUUGAGCUGUGAACAGUAGCAGAGUUCCUGUACUUUGGACAUGGGCAUGUAUUACAGUUUAUGUACCAAAGGGUUAAAAUAAAAAAAAUUUGGGAGCUCAUGGAUUAAAAAAAAAAAAGGUAAUCAACAGGUAACAUCACUGGCAGUGAAGUGUAUAAAUAACUGAGCCAAGAGAUGAAGUGAAUAUGGCUUUAAUGUUUUUGGGACUUAUUUAUCUUCUAAAACGUACUUGCUGAACCCAAUUUGCUAAUGUCAUGUAUUUGUUUGGUUUUGUUUUGUUUUAACAGCAUCAUGAUAUCAAAGCAAUGCUAAUAAUUAAAAGGAAAAGUGAGACAAAA